AAUCAUAAAAGAAUGCAUGUCUUGCUUUUUUAGCAUAAUUGAUUUGAACAUUGAUUCCUUUUGGAAGAUGAGCUUAUGUAGAAACUUGUUUCAAGCCCUCGAACGAUAUGAUAAUAAGGAGCCUUGGGGAAAACUUCUACUUUGGAAUAUAGCAGGAGUUUACAGUGGUCUUUUGUACUGGACAGUCACAGAACAAAAGAAAAAGGAAGCAUACUGGAGAAGAUUUCCAGGAAAGAAGAUUCCACACCGAAAACCUUCGUUCUUUAUUGGGAAAUAGAGACAAAGUCAAAAUAAACAGCUU